AUGGCUGCUGGUUCUGUUGUUCCUGCUGCUGUCAGUGGUAGUGCUAUCGCUGCCAAAACAUACACCACAUCCACCAACAGCCUCGAUGAAGCUCGUAAAAAAGCAGCCUCAACAUAUCUGGUAGACAAUACAGAUUUACCACCACCCCGUUACCAACAAGAUGGCACAAUGCCAACACUCUAUCCAAAUAAUAUGGUUAAUGCUCGCACAUUGCCGCAUCCACGUCAUAAUAAUACUGCAAAUAUAAUGGAUCAUAGAGCACGCGAUGAUCAAAUGUUAAUUAAUAAAGCAGUUUAUAUUCCGUCCCCUUCGCCAGCGCCACCACCAGAUGGCUCAUACUAUAAUAUGAAUAGCGACAGAUAUUUAUCGUAUCCACCAAUGGAUUAUCCCACACAAAUCGAUUUUACUCAACCUAUGUCAAUGGCCCAUCUGCAACCGGUCUCACAAGCCUCUAUGAUAAGCGGUACAAUUUUGACGGCUCAGCCGAUGGGCAAUGGUGGUGCGGGCACUUUAAGGCGCGGAAUACUAAAAGGUGUCUCACAAGUGCCACCGCCCGAUGUAACACAUCAUACAACAACAAAUAUGGGAGGAGUACAAUUACUGCAUGAUUUACAUCCUCUCAAUAUAUCAUCUACCUCGUCAACACUAACAACAACUUCAAGUUUGGGCAACGGAAGUCUGAUGUCAGUGCCAACAUCGACACCCAAACAGCCACAAAGUAUAUUAAAGGAUCCCAAUCGCAAUAAGCAUCAGCAUCAACAGCAGCCACCGACACUGAUAAAUACCGGUUUGUUGGCCAUGUCAGGACCGCCUGGAAGUUUGCAAGUUCUAAAUAUACCAAAUUCAGCCGGCAUUAGUAAUAAUUUGCUGAUGACCGCCAGUGCAGCAUAUGAUCCCACAAAUCCACACAGUCUGACAACCUUCAAUACUUCGGGGGCUGCUGUAGCUUUUACUGAUGCCGAUGGUCAUCUCGUAUAGCUGUAGGAUGCCUCACAAGGGGCUCUGUUAACGGUAAUUACUGAAACAUCACAGCCAGUCAAUAACACGUCAUUACCCCGCUAUUGAAAUGAGGCAUCUAGCAAACAAACAAACAAAGAACUACAAUAAGAACAAGAGAAAAACAUACAUGUAUGAAUGUUUUCAAAAUACUCAUUAAGGAUACAAAACAACAAAAACA